AUGGAGUCGUUCCUUGAGUUGCCACCGACCUCCUCGAAACCGCGAUCAUAUUACUUCGACCGCAACAGCGUCAUCAACUCGACGCUCUAUUGCAACAGCCAGCCAUCAUACACCAUCAUGACGAACAAAUCUGGGACGCGCACAGACGUCUGCGACAUCGCCACCCAGAGUGUUGUCGCCACCAUCAAGCGGCGAGAGGUGUUCGCAGACACGAUCAAGUUCCCGGCGCGAAAUAACGGCACUUCAGUCGCGAUCAAUAAAUGGCUGAGGCCGAUAACGCAUUCACCAUACCAUGCCGAACCAUCUAUAUCUCUUGUGACGGACGUCGGAAAUUUCGUAUGGGAGAGUGAUGCUGCCCAUAGACUGGCGCUCUACGCAGAAGAGGAUCACCAAGUUCCUGUGGCCUUCUUUUCGAGGAACAGGCAACCGCAAGACGCAAUCGUCCUUGUGAUGAAGAGCGGCGCAGAGGAGAUGGUUGAAGACGUUAUUGUUUCGUUUAUCAUCCUCGAGCAACGGCUACGAAUGAAGGAAAAGAGGAGACAAAACGGAAUGAUGUACGGACCUCUUUCUGACUCGGGCGGGCCCUAA